AUGGCUGGGGCUCAGCCCGGAGUGCACGCUUUGCAACUCAAGCCUGUGUGCGUGUCUGACAGCCUCAAGAAGGGCACCAAAUUCGUCAAGUGGGAUGAUGACUCCACUAUUGUUACUCCAAUUAUUUUGAGGACUGAUCCUCAGGGAUUUUUCUUUUACUGGACGGAUCAGAAUAAGGUUCCACUGCUCCAUCCUGCCACCCAGACAAGCAAGUGCCCCGCAAUCCAUGUCCACUGUAGCAAUCGGUUUAUGCCUUUCUCUAGUGAGGAUCAGGAGACGGAGCUGUUAGAUCUCAGCCUUGUCAAGGAUGCCAGGUGUGGGAAGCACGCCAAAGCUCCCAAGGUAGGGAGCGGAGCCCAUGCCCGCACCAGCUGCUGCUUUGAUUCUUUAUCUGUGUCAAGAUAGCAAUUAAU